AGUAUACCAAUUUUAAGGGACCACAUGCCACUCUCGUAUUAUUCCCAUAUCGUGCUCUCAGCUUUCUUUCUUUUUCUGUGUCUCUCUCUCCCGAUGAAGAGUAAAAACCAGGGGCCUCUACUCUUAUUCAACCUCCAGCUUUCAAAUGACAGUCAAGCUUUGCUAUCUCCCCACAAUCCUUUUCGUGGCUAUCACCCCCUCAUUGCUCCAUGUUGUUGUGGUCAAAAGUCUUGGCACUGCCUCCACCAUUGCCAUCACGUAUAGUACUCCUACUGCCUGUGGUAUCGUCGCUGGGGAACCAACCCAACGAGUUCAGUGCUACCAAAAUGGUCAAGCCAUUUCCUUGCAACCGAAUAUUUCUUUUGAAGCUAUUUCUGGAGGCCUGAACUUCUUGUGUGGCCUCAGGUCUGGAGGCCUGGCUAUUCUAUGUUGGGAGACCGCUGCUAUAUCUCAUUUUUCAAGCUUGCAACCAAAGCGUAUAUACUACAGCAACACUGUCAGAUUGACUGAUCUAACAGUUGGAGAUGUUCAGGUUUGUGCUAGAGAGGUCAACUCUGGCAUGGUUAAGUGCUGGAGAGGAGUUGGGAGAGGUAAGUCUUCUUUUCCAUCACCUGGGGUGGCUUUAAAAUUUAGUACAAUCACAUCUGGUAGUGGCUUUACCUGUGGGAUUUUGAUGAAUAAUAGUAGAGUUCAUUGUUGGGGUAAUAGUGAUGUGGGAACUGAGAUUGAGAGACAGUUCGGCAAUUUGACUAUGUUAAACUUGGUUGCUGGAGAGUCUCAUGCUUGUGGAUUGGCUAGGAGUGGAGUUUUGGUCUGUAAAGGGAGCAAUGGUUCGGGACAAUUGGAUGCUCCUUUUAAUUCAACUUUUGAAUUUUCAGCACUUGCACUAGGAGCAAAUUUUACUUGUUCUAUUGAGCAAAGAAAUGGAUUAGUAAAAUGCUGGGGAGAAGCUAAUAAAUUUCAACUGGAUAGUUACAUAUCAGAAAAUGAUUCACUAGAUUUGAUUGUUGCUGGUUUGAAUUUCAUAUGUGGGCUUACAACAAGGAAUUUAUCGAUGAUUUGUUGGGGAAUGGGAUGGUCUAAUGCUCUUAGUCAUGGAGAUGAUCUUCCAUUAGGAACAAUAAUUCCAGGUUCCUGUGUUCAGUCUUCAUGCAGCACUUGUGGUAUGUAUCCAAAUUCUGAGACUUUAUGCGGUGGCUCUGGGAGUAUCUGCAAAUCAUGCCAGAUUGAACGCCCACUUGCAUUGCCAUUGCCACCGAUAACACCACCUCCAUCCGAAGAACUGCAACCAGUCCUUCAAGUGAAGUCAAGAAACAAGAUUUCUUUGGUUUUUCUGAUCGUCGGUUCUGUUGGUGCUUUAGCAGGGAUUGGCACUAUUGUUUAUUUCUUAAGCAUAUUUUUACAUAAAAGAUAUAGCAAUACUGUCCAACCGUCAACUACUGAUGUAAAUUUGAAUAUUGGUGCUUCAGUGAACAGCGAUUCUACUGCCCCACCUUUAAGAUUAUUUUCCAUUAGGAGUUAUGGCUCACGAAGGUUAGGACAGCAGAGAAACGGGUCAUCUUCCAGGCGUACAGAAAAGACACAGAAUUUUUCCCUAUCAGAGCUUCUUACUGCUACUAACAAUUUCUCAUUGGAAAACAAGAUUGGUUCAGGGAGCUUUGGCACUGUUUACAAAGGCGAACUUCCUGAUGGUCGUGAAGUGGCCAUUAAAAGAGGAGAAACUGGUAUGAAGAUGAGGAAACUCCAGGAGAAAGAAAUUGCAUUUGAUUCCGAACUAGCACUUUUAUCUCGGCUUCACCAUAAGCAUCUACUGGGGCUUAUAGGUUUCUGUGAAGAAAAUGAUGAAAGGCUUUUGGUCUAUGAGUACAUGAGCAACUGGUCUCUCCAUGAUCAUUUGCAUAGCAAGGAAAAUACUGAAAAGAGUAGCAGCAUUUUGAAUUCUUGGAAAAUGAGGAUCAAGAUUGCAUUAGACGCGGCUAGAGGAAUUGAGUAUCUGCACAACUAUGCAGUGCCACCUAUUAUUCAUAGAGACAUCAAGUCCUCCAAUAUUCUGCUUGAUGCAAAUUGGACAGCUAAAGUAUCUGAUUUUGGAUUAUCACUAAUGGAGCCAGAAUCUGAUCAAGAAUUCAUGUCAACCAGGGCAGCUGGGACAGUAGGAUAUAUUGAUCCUGAGUAUUAUGUAUUGAAUGUGUUAACAGCAAAAAGUGAUGUUUAUGGUUUAGGAGUGGUAUUAUUAGAACUUCUGACAGGAAAGAGGGCUGUGUUCAAGAAUGAUGAAGACGGUGUGGUCCCAAUGGGAGUUGUAGAGUACGCAACACCAUUGAUAGCAAAAGGGAUGCUGCAGAAUGUGCUGGAUAAAAGGGUGGGGCUACCGGAGAUGCAAGAGACUGAAGCAGUGGAGCUUAUGGCCUAUACUGCAAUGCAUUCUGUAAAUUUGGAGGGAAAGGAGAGGCCUAAUAUUAUUGACAUAGUUGCUAAUUUGGAAAGAGCACUGGCUCUCUGUGAAGAGGUCCGCACUAGUUGCUGUUCGACCACGUUCUCCAUUCCUUCAGAUUGAAUUGAAGUGUCCAUGCCAAAAGAAAAUCCAAGCAAUUUUUGUCGAGUUCCUUUCAAACUUUGAUUUCCACUUCCCUAUCUGGUUGACAUAAUACCCUCCAAAGUUUUAUUCUUUCUCCAAGUGCACACAAAACUACUAAAGUUACUCAUCACUAACAUGGAAGGCAUUUUCCUGGUAGUUGUUUUGUUCCUUUUCUUCUGGCUUAAAUCUUGAGGUUUCUUUUGCUAUCA